AUGGCGGCGACCCCAGAUCCCCAAAGCUCAUCCUCGGAGGAGGAAACACUGGAUGCUCCAGAUCCCAUACCAGAGGCUACAGACCCCAUCUCGAGCCUAGCAAUGGGUGACCUGAGAGCUCCAGCCACCAAGGGUGACAUCCUGAAUAUACUACAGAACCUGCGCACCCUAUUCCACUCAGCCAUGGCGAUUUUGCAGGAGGAAGUGACCGCCGUUACUGGCAGAGUGAGGGUUGCCGAGGAAGACUUAACUGCUAUGGCAGAACGCCAGCAAGCAACUGAAGAGAAGCUCACACACCUCCAGUCCUCACACCAGGCACUACAGGCACGGCUAGAUGGCCUAGACGACGCAAGACACCGCUCCAAUAUAAAAAUCAGAAGCAUUGCCGACUCCAUAGACGACAAUGAAUUGCCACAACUUACCCGACGCCUCUUAGCCACAAUUCUUAACCCUAAGCAGACUCCCCAAGUUGCCAAGAGCCCCAACAGAGGCCUCCCGCGACUUCCUUCUCCGCUUACAGUAUACCCAGGACAAAAUGGCGGUGAUGGCGGCGCUCAGCGGCCAGAGCCCAUACCACUUCGAGGGCAUGCAGCUCACCUUCCUGCAGGACCUUUGCAGAGCUACUCUUACCUGGAGACGGUCCGUGCAGCGAGUCACCACGACCCUCAGAGUGGCUGGAGUCAGGUGCCGAUGGGGCCCAUCAAUGCUAUUAGUUACAAAGGGAGCAACAACUUAUCGACUAACGUCGACAGAAAACGCAGAAACUUUCCUCUGUAA